AUGCCGGAUCUUGUUCAACUUCGGGCUGCCGCUCGAGUCAUCCACCGCCUCCUCGAGGUCAUUGGUCUUGGCACUAUUGUUCAAGAUCCAAUAUCAAUACGAACAAUAGAGCUUCUUGAUGUGCCGAAGUCGUUUUGUACAUCGAAUACGGUUGGAAUGGUGUGUGAUUUCGGAACGUCAAAACAGUGA